AUGUCUGAUCAUUCUUAUUUAUCCACGAAACAAAAACCUUCGUAUUCUGUCCAAAACUCAAACAUGAAGACAGCUUCUCCAAUAAUCAUGGCGUUGAUUGUGACAUUAGUGAGCUGCAUGAUGGUUUUAUUUUUUGUUAAACCUGCAGAUGGAAUAAUAGGAAUCAACUGGGGAAGACAAACCUACCAAAGAUUGAUCCCAUCGAAUGUCGUAGAUUUGCUUUUGCAGAAUGGAAUUCAAGAGGCUAGAAUUUUCACUGCUGCUGAUAAUGUUAUGGCUGCCUUUUCCGGAAGUGGUAUUGGCCUCUCCAUUUCCCUCUCCAAUUUCGUCCUUCAUAUGAUAAAUUCUUCCGCAGCUGCAGAAGAAUGGAUACAAAAAUCUGUUAUUAAAUUCAGAAGCCAGAAUGUUGACAUAAGGUACGUGAAUGUUGGGGCCGAACCCUUAUCGACAUCAUUCACUAACAAAACCUACGAUAAUGUUAUUGAUGCGUUGAAACUUAUCCAAACUGCGCUGAAUGAUGCUGGCUACGGAGAUCUCGUGAAAGCAACCAUUCCUCAUUACACUGAUGUUGUGACGCACCGCUCUAUGAAACCAUCAGCGGCUUAUUUUCGCGAUGACAUAGAGAAUAAAAUGGUUGAUUAUCUAAAAUUCCUGAAAGAAAAUAAUGCUCCUGCUGCGGUAGAUAUUUACCCCAUUCACUAUUGCAACGAAAAUGAUUUGGACCCUGAUUUUGCUUUCUUUGAUCAUAAGUCCAAAUUCUACGUGCUCGAUGACAACGGCCUAAAUUACACCAAUGCAUUCGAUUUCUUGUACGAUUCGUUCUACUGGGCAAUGAAGAAAGCUGGUGUCCCUGAUCUGAGACUAGUCGUUGGACAGAUCGGUUGGCCAACAGAUGGUUACCCUAAUGCCAAUACUAAAAAUGCACAACGGUUUUACAAAGACUUGUUGCCCUAUGUUGCUGGAAAUAAAGGAACUCCAAUGCGCCCGGGGAGGCCUAUUGAUGUGUAUCUGCACAGCAUUUCCGAUGAAAACCGGCUUGGUCUCUGGUACGGUGGCUUCCAACGCCACUGGGGCAUUUACACCUUCGACGGCCAGCCCAAAUACAAGAUUGAUUUCUCAGGCAAAGGGCGCGAUAUCUUCCCUACAACUGCCAAGGGCAUUACCCGAAUGCCUAAACGUUGGUGCAUAUUCAAUGGGGACUUGAGUGACAUGGAAAUUGUGAAAAGGGAGCUCAAUAGGGCGUGUUUGGAAUCGGAUUGCUCGAGCCUGGCACCGGGAGGUUCUUGUAGCCACCUCGAUUUCAAUCAAAAUGUUUCUUAUGCCUUCAAUAGGUACUUCCAAAUGAAACAACAAAAGACUCAUGAGGAGGCAUGUAGUUUCCAGGGUUUGAGUCAAGUAGUUCCAGAUGAUCCAUCUACCGGAACAUGCAUAUUCCCUAUUGAGAUCUUGGCAGCCGAAACUGCUGAUAAUAGUAAGUCUUUCUUAGGUAUUAAUGGAGAUGGGUCACAUAGGGUUUCUAUAUUAUCCAUGCUUUUACCUUUGAUUUCAGUUUUCUUAAUUACUACCAAUAUAAAAUUGUAUACUUUGUGA